AUUCCGAACUUUUUCUUUCCCAAUCGACCAUCUAUUCGAAGAUUCAUUGCUGCCUUUUUUUCAGCACUCUUCUUCAUUUUUUUUUUCGAAUACACAUUCAAUAGAAAACUGGAGAAGAAGAGGAAAAGCAUCGAGGAGACGAUAAGUGGGGCUCAACGCCAUUGGAUGAUUGACUCGAGCUGAGAAGAAGGACUCAAGAGAUGUCAUCGGUUAAAGUAGCUGUACGUGUUCGCCCAUUCAACCAACGGGAAAUCUCGAACACUUCAAAAUGUGUCCUUCAAGUAAAUGGAAAUACGACGACAAUAAAUGGUCAUUCAAUUAACAAGGAGAACUUCAGUUUCAAUUUUGAUCAUUCAUAUUGGUCGUUUGCGAGGAAUGACCCACAUUUUAUCACCCAAAAACAAGUAUAUGAAGAGCUCGGAGUUGAAAUGUUGGAACACGCAUUUGAAGGGUAUAAUGUCUGCAUUUUUGCAUACGGUCAAACAGGAUCAGGAAAAUCAUAUACAAUGAUGGGAAAAGCCAAUGAUCCAGAUGAAAUGGGUAUAAUUCCACGUUUGUGCAAUGAUUUAUUUGCACGAAUUGAUAAUAACAAUGAUAAAGAUGUUCAAUAUUCUGUAGAGGUAUCGUAUAUGGAAAUUUAUUGUGAACGAGUAAAAGAUCUUCUGAAUCCUAACUCUGGAGGUAACCUAAGGGUUCGUGAACAUCCUUUACUUGGACCUUACGUCGAUGACCUUACCAAAAUGGCAGUUUGUUCUUACCACGACAUUUGCAAUCUGAUGGACGAAGGAAAUAAAGCGAGAACUGUUGCUGCAACAAAUAUGAAUUCGACAUCAUCAAGAUCCCAUGCGGUAUUCACAAUAGUACUCACUCAAAAAAGACAUUGUGCUGAUUCUAAUUUGGAUACUGAGAAGCAUUCAAAAAUUUCUUUGGUUGAUUUGGCAGGAUCCGAAAGAGCCAAUUCUACAGGAGCGGAAGGUCAACGACUAAAAGAAGGAGCAAAUAUCAACAAGAGCUUGACAACGUUGGGUCUUGUAAUCAGUAAACUUGCAGAAGAAUCAACAAAGAAGAAAAAGUCCAACAAAGGUGUGAUUCCUUAUCGUGAUUCUGUGCUGACGUGGCUUCUGAGAGAAAAUCUGGGAGGAAAUUCGAAAACUGCGAUGCUCGCGGCAUUAUCUCCAGCUGAUAUUAACUUUGAUGAAACACUGAGUACUUUGAGAUAUGCCGAUAGAGCGAAACAAAUUGUUUGUCAAGCAGUUGUUAAUGAGGAUCCAAAUGCAAAACUUAUUCGUGAACUCAAUGAAGAAGUUAUCAAACUUCGUCACAUUUUGAAAGAUAAGGGAAUUGAUGUCACAGACGUACAGGAGACACCCGGAAAACACAAAAAAGGACCGAAAUUGCCAGCUCAUGUACAUGAGCAACUUGAGAAGCUUCAAGAAUCUGAGAAAUUGAUGGCUGAAAUUGGAAAGACUUGGGAGCAGAAAUUAAUUCAUACAGAAGAAAUUAGAAAACAACGAGAGGAAGAACUUCGUGAUAUGGGUCUUGCGUGUGCAGAAGAUGGAACAACAUUAGGCGUAUUUAGUCCAAAGAAGUUACCCCAUUUAGUUAACUUGAAUGAAGAUCCAUUGAUGUCAGAGUGUCUCAUAUAUUAUCUUAAAGAAGGAGUAACUAGCGUCGGCCGCCCUGAAGCUGAACAUCGUCCAGACAUUCUCUUAUCGGGAGAAGCGAUUCUCGAAUUACAUUGUGAAUUUAUAAACGAAGAUGGAAAUGUGACAUUGACAAUGAAACCGAAUGCAUCUUGCUAUAUAAAUGGAAAACAAGUGACAACUCCUACUGUAUUACACACAGGAUCUAGAGUUAUUCUCGGUGAACAUCACGUUUUCCGAUAUAAUGAUCCACAGGAAGCAAGGCAAAGCAGGCAUAACUUGGCAGCAAUAGCUGAACAACCAAUUGAUUGGAAAUAUGCUCAACAAGAACUUCUAGACAAACAAGGAAUUGAUCUAAAAGCAGAUAUGGAGAAGAAAAUGUUAGAAAUGGAAUCUCAAUACAGAAGAGAAAAAGUAGAAUUGGAACAAAAAAUGUAUCAUCAGACAAGGGAAUAUGAAUCAAUGAUUGAAAAUCUUCAAAAACAAGUGGAUUUGGCACAAUCUUAUAUAUCUGGUGGUGGUUCUAUUUGGGAAGGAGAACGAAUGUUGACGUCAUCUUUACUUGAAUUCCCGGAAGAGUUAAAAUGGACAUCAGAUCAAAAACGAGUUGUACUAAAAGCUGCAAUCAAAUGGAGAUAUCAUCAAUUCACAUCUGUUCGAGAUGAUCUUUGGGGAAAUGCUAUUUUUGUGAAGGAAGCGAAUGCGAUUUCAGUUGAACUCAAGAAAAAAGUUCAAUUCCAAUUUGCUCUGCUAACCGAUACAAUGUACAGCCCACUGCCACCUGAUCUAUUGCCACCAGGAGAAGACUUAACCCUUCGUCCAUAUCCAAAAACUGUUGUCGCUAUUCAAGUUCAAGAUCUAAAAAAUGGAGCAACUCAUUACUGGAGCAUUGAAAAAUUAAAGCAACGUCUCGAGGACAUGCGUAUCUUCUACAAUUCGGAACUUUCUGUUGCUGGAACACCAGUUGAUGUUCCAUAUCCUCCAGUUGCUGAAGGAUGGCUAGCUGCUUUGAAUCGAAAUUCGGCACGUCUUAUUCCCGACAGACAACGAUUGGAAGCAAUGCGUGAUAUGUAUGAAACUGAUGCAGAAAUGUCGCCAGCUGAUGGAGAUCCAAUGAUGGAUGCUUUAAUGGGAACUGAUCCAUUUUAUGAUCGAUUCCCAUGGUUUCGAAUGGUUGGAAGAGCAUUCGUUUAUUUGAAUAACUUAUUGCAUAAUGUUCCUCUCAUUCAUAAAGUAGCAGUUGUCAAUGAAAAAGGAGAAGUGAAGGGUUAUCUGAAAGUUGCCAUCGAACCGGUUCAAAAAGAUGAAGUGAUCAAUCAAAAGAAAGGUGUUCGACAAACAGCAAAGCUUCAUUUCAGAAAAGAGGAUUUCCUGAAAUCACAUAAAAAUGGAGAAACUUCUGAUUCUGAUGCUCUCGCAUUUCCUGAACACAUGCAAGAGGAAGUAGAAUUCUGUUUCCGUGUAGUCGUUCUACAAGCCAUUGACGUGGCAGACACAUAUUCUGAUGUUUUCUGUCAAUUCAAUUUCUUGCACCGCCAUGAUGAAGCCUUCUCAACGGAGCCAAUGAAAAACUCAAAAUCUCCAUUAACAUUCGAACACACCCAAAAUCUUCACAUCAAAAUGAGCAAGACAUUCCUUCAUUAUCUCCAUCAUUUCCCAAUCAUUUUCGAGGUAUUUGGACAUUUCCAACCAAAAAGUGAACAGUUCAAUUUCGAAAGACAAAAUAGUGCUCUUGGCAGACGACUGAGCACAAAAUUGACAUUCCAACAGCCGAGUUUGGUUAUUUCAACUCCUGUCAAGAGCAAAAAAGCAAAUGCACCAAUUCAGAACAAUAACGCAUCUGUUAAAUCAAAACAUGAUCUUCUUGUGUGGUUCGAAAUUUGUGAAUUGGCAAAUAAUGGAGAAUAUGUUCCAACAAUAGUUGAUCAUGCUCAAGGACUUCCAACUCAUGGAAUAUUUUUACUUCAUCAAGGAAUUCAACGUAGAAUUAAAAUCACAAUAUGCCAUGAAAAAGGAGAAUUGAAAUGGAAAGAUUGUCAAGAACUAGUUGUUGGACGUAUUCGAGCUGGACCUGAAUGGGCUGGCGGAGAUGAUGUUGAUGUUUUAUCACUUGGUCUAUUCCCUGGAACAUUUAUGGAAUUCUCAAUGGAUGACAGAACAUUCUUCCAAUUUGAAGCUGCCUGGGAUUCUUCUCUUCAUAACUCUCCACUUUUGAAUCGAGUUUCGAAUUACGGUGAUCAAAUUUACAUGACACUUUCCGCUUAUAUGGAACUCGAUGGAUGUGCUCAACCAGCUGUUGUUACUAAAGAUCUUUGUCUAUUGAUCUAUGCAAGAGACUCGAAGAUCUCAGCUGCCAGUCGUUUCUGUCGAUCAUUGGUCGGAGGAAUUUCAAAAUCUCCAGAAAUGAACCGUGUCCCAGGAGUGUAUCAACUGUGCCUGAAGGAUGGAUCCGACUCAGGUGCAAUUCGUCGACAACGUCGUGUACUUGACACCUCAUCAGCCUAUGUUCGAGGAGAAGAGAAUCUCGGACAAUGGAGACCACGUGGAGAUUCUCUUAUCUUUGAGCAUCAGUGGGAAUUGGAAAAACUGACACGAUUACAACAAGUCGAAAGAGUUCGAUUAUUCCUGAGACUUCGUGAUCGACUGAAAGGAAAGAAGAAUAAGGGAGAAGCGAGAACACCAGUUAGUCCAUGUGAUCCAGUUUGUGCAAUUCCGGAAAGUAUCAAGUUAGACGAGAAAGAUAAAGGAAUUGUUGGUAAAGUGCUUGGAUUAAUCAGAAGAAAGAUUCCAAUGAACAAGGAUCCACCAACUGGAAACAAAGCUCAAGAAUUGAGUGAUGAAAGUGGAUCAAAUAGUAUAACAUCUCCAGUGUCUGAUAAAUCCUUGAUCAAAUCCUCUCGAUCUUCGGAUCUCCUGUGCCGACAGAAAUCAAAAUCCGAUCAGAACCUUGCAUCAAAUGAUGAUAUAGUUGAUAAUUUAGGAGGAAUGAAACGAAGUUUGAGUGGAUCACGAAUUCUUCAACUCAAUAUUUUAGUGCCAGAAGUACUUGAAGAAAGAGUUGGAGUUGUUGUUUCAAAGAAAGGAUAUAUGAAUUUCUUGGAAGAAAAGACUCAAGGAUGGACUCGUCGAUGGGUUAUUGUUCGUCGUCCAUAUAUUCUUUUAUUCCGUGAUGAUCGAGAUUUGGUUAUUCGAGGAAUCAUUAAUCUGGCAAAUGCUAGAAUUGAACAUUCGGAAGAUCAACAAGCAAUGGUGAAAGUACCAAAUACUUUCAGUGUUUGCACUAAUCAACGUGGAUUCCUUAUGCAAAUGAUGCCGGGCGAUGAGAUGUAUGAUUGGCUGUACGCAAUCAAUCCAUUGAUGGCUGGACAAAUGAAAUUACAUGGAAAUCAAAAUGGAACAACAUUGAAAUCUCCAACAUCAUCAUCUUCAAUUGCUGCUUCAUAAAGUAUCUAAUUUUCUUUGCUUUCCUAUCUGUUUUUCUUUCUGUGAUUAUUCACUUCCUUCCACGAUUUAAAUCAAAAAAUCUUAAUUUAUUAAUUUAUUAGAUCUCCGUUUGAUCUCUCCAUUCAUUAUUUGAAGUCAAUAUUUCAAAUUCCCCAGUUUUCCUGCAAAUCAAACUAUGGAUACCUGGGGGAAUUGAACAUUUUGAGAAAAAGUUAGCUAACGAGUACUGUCUCUCUCUGUCCCUAGCUAUUUCCUGUUCGCUUUUUAGUCCCGGUUGAGCUGAAUCUGAAAAAUAUUGUUUUUUAAAAUGUUUCCUUCAAAGAGUUUUUUAAAAUUUUUUUUGCUUUGCUUUUAUGUUUACAAAGGCCAAAUUUAAUGUUUUGUUUUUUUUUCAAAAUGAAUCGAUAUGCUUUAU